AGACGAUCUCUGCUGUGACGCACAUCUCCCGCGAAACUUGUUUGCGGAAAGAGCGGAAUAGAUCCAUGAGCGCACACAGACUGCACCAAGAGGCUCCGCGAUGAGUAAAAAAGACAAUGGUGCAUCUGUCAUCCUUGCCUAUCUGAAUGAGAAGAACAGGCCGUACAGUGUGCAGGAUGUCUUUUGUAAUCUACAGAAACAACAUGGAUUGGGCAAAACAGCCGUGGUCAAAGCCAUGGAGCUGCUUGCCUCUGAAGGGAAGAUUAAAGAGAAAACUUAUGGUAAACAAAAGAUCUAUUUUGCAGAUCAGGGCCAAUUCAAAGAUGUGAGUGACGAAGACCUAAAGGAGAUGGAUGCUCAGAUCUCAAAGCUCACUGCAGAGCUACAGACACUCACACAAAACUGCAGACAGCUAGAUUCAGAGCUUAAGGAACUGAACAACUCCUUGACAACUGAGGAAAUUACCCAAGAGAUAAAACAGCUGAAAGAAGACUGUUCGGCGUUGAAAACCAGACUGGAGAAGAUAAAAUCAGCUACAAACCAUGUCACACCUGAAGAGAGGGAAAAGGUUUACAAAGAGCGAAAUCUGUAUGUCAAAGAGUGGAAGAAGAGAAAGAGACUGGCAUCUGAUAUGAUGAAUUCCAUUUUGGAGGGGUAUCCAAAGAGCAAAAAAGAGUUUCUGGAGGAAGUUGGUGUGGAGACAGAUGAAGAUUACAAAGUCACCAUCCCAAAUAUUUAAAAACUGGUGUUUGUACAAUGUUCGAGGCCACUUUUUGGCUUUUUUUUUUUUAAGUAAAGUUUAAUUUCUGUAUAGUUCAGGUGUACAUUAAUUUCAUUAUUGAAUGUAUUUUGAAUGUAAUCUAAACAUUGUCCAAAAAUAGGCUAUAUACAU